AGAAAAGGUGCGAGUUUUGCCACUGGAGAAGAGAAGCCCUUCCAAAACCCUAGCUUUUGGAGCUUCUUGGAGCCAUCAAUGGCGGAGAUCAAGAAGCUCGCGGAGAGCCGCGACCUCACGCGCAUUGAACGCAUCGGUGCGCACUCCCAUAUCCGUGGCCUUGGCCUCGACACCACCCUCGAGGCGCGCGCCGCCUCUGAGGGCAUGGUUGGCCAACUUCCCGCUCGCCGCGCCGCCGGACUCAUCCUCCAGUUGGUCCGUGAGGGCCGCAUCGCCGGACGAGCAGUCCUCCUUGCCGGCCAGCCCGGCACGGGCAAGACCGCCAUCGCCAUGGGCCUCGCCAAGUCCCUUGGCCUUGAGACACCCUUCGCCACGCUCUCCGCUUCGGAGCUUUUCUCCCUUGAGUUCUCUAAGACCGAAGCCCUUACCCAGGCCUUCCGGAAGGCCAUCGGAGUGCGGAUCAAGGAGGAAGCCGAGGUCAUCGAGGGCGAGGUCGUGGAGAUCACCAUUGAUCGCCCGGCUGCUGGAGGAGCGGCAGCGAAGACGGGGAAGCUGACCUUGAAGACAACGGACAUGGAGACGGUGUACGAGCUUGGAGGGAAGAUGAUUGAGGCGCUGACUAGGGAGAAGGUGCAGAGUGGCGACGUUAUAGCGCUUGAUAAGGCCAGCGGGAAAGUGACGAAACUAGGGAGGUCAAUUGGUAGGUCUAGAGACUACGAUGCGGUUGGGCCUCAUACCAAGUUUGUGCGGUGCCCGGAGGGGGAGCUGCAGAAGCGCAAGGAGGUUGUUCACUGUGUUACCCUCCAUGAGAUCGAUGUCAUCAACAGCAGAACACAGGGUUUUUUGGCACUCUUCACCGGUGAUACUGGUGAAAUCCGUGCUGAAGUCAGGGAACAGAUUGAUACUAAGGUUGCAGAGUGGAGGGAGGAAGGAAAGGCUGAAAUAAUACCUGGUGUCCUCUUCAUUGAUGAAGUCCACAUGCUCGACAUCGAGUGCUUCUCCUUCCUAAAUCGUGCAUUGGAGAACGAGAUGGCUCCAAUCCUGGUGAUUGCCACAAAUCGAGGGAUCACGACCAUCCGUGGCACAAACUACAGGUCACCCCAUGGCAUCCCUGCAGAUUUCCUCGACCGGCUGCUCAUCAUAUCUACUCAACCUUUCACAGAGGAUGAAAUCCAUCAGAUUCUUGGCAUACGGUGCGAAGAGGAAGACGUGGAGAUGUCCAAAGAUGCAAAGCUUUUACUGACAAAGAUAGGCAUUGAGACCUCAUUGAGGUAUGCAAUCCACUUGAUCACUGCAGCUGCACUGGCAUGCCAAAAGAGGAAGGGGAAGAUCGUCGAGAUAGACGACAUAAGCAGGGUGUACGGGCUAUUUCUUGAUGUGAAGAGGUCAACACAGUACUUGAUGGAGUACCAGAAUGAGUACAUGUUCAAUGAAGUCCCAAGAGAUGCUGAUGAAUGUGAAACGAUGCAAUCAUAGCUAGAGUCCAAGGAAAUCGAAUUUUUAUCAUAUUUUCAUCAAUAUGUUAUUAUUCCUUUCGGUCGUGUACUUGAAACCAAACUUUGUUUAUGCAAUGUGUGCUUAGCAGAAUUUUACUUUGGAUUUGUCGGUGUGAUACGAUUAUUUUGUUUUUGAGGAGAGCACAGCAUGUGCCAAUUUGUGAUCAAGGCUUGUUAUGGAGAUUAAUGUGGUCUGUCCUUGUUUGCCAA